UUCCCCGGAAGUAGACGCUCAUCAUCGUGUCCCGUGCACGUGACCAACAGAUGAAAACCUCGGCAACCGCACAAAUAUUUAAGCUACAAACACUUUUCCGGGCUUUAGUUGGACCGAACGUCGCGGCUAGAUCAGUCAGUAUGCCUACUGAAGCGAAUAUUGAGAAAACGAUCAAUGAUAACAAAGUUGUUGUGUAUUCGAAAACUACCUGUCCAUUUUGUAUAAAGGCAAAAACUGCACUGAAAGAAAAAGGGAUUGAUUUCCUGGCGAUCGAGCUCGAUAGAUUGGAUGAUAUGUCGGCCACCCAGGAUAUCCUUAAGGGCAUGACAGGAGCUAGAUCUGUUCCUAGAGUUUUUGUGAAUGGAAAAUUCUUUGGAGGAGGGGAUGAAACAACUACUGCUGCUAAUAACGGUACAUUGGCUAAAGUUCUUCUUGAAGCAGCAUCCAAGAAAUAGUCAUAGACUGAUGUUGUCUUUUCGUCAAAGGAAUAUUCAAGACCGUGAACCAAUCUGUAAGAUCGAUGAAUAUAAGGAGAAAGACAUGUGUGACAAACAUUUUAGUGACUUUUUUCUCUGCUUGAAUUUAUGGUAUUCUGAGUGACUCUGCUUCAGCAGAACUAUUGAGGCAUAUUAUAAAACAGCUAACCAGUGUCUAUUCUUGGAAGUUCUCUUACUCUUAAUAAGUCUACAACUAUAUACAUCUUUGUUUGUGUUUUUUAAAAUAUACCUAGUAUAUACAGUCAAACUUCAAUGUUUCAAACUUUACAGGACCAUCAGGGGAAAUUUUUAAACAUCAUGACUUGGACUCAUGAAUAUUGAACUACAAACAUCUUUAUGAGAUCCUGUAUAAACUGCAUAAGACUAAAUGUGAUUGUUAAGUAAGUGACAGAACACAAGACAAGAAAUCAAAUUUGAAAUGUAAAAAUAUUGGAUUUAAUGUAAUUAGAAAAAUAUUCUUCAUGUAUUUCUACUGUGUAGUUUGCAUGUUAAAGUUAAAAUGACCCUGGGACAUUUUAAUGUUAUCAUAUACAGAUAAUUGUUUUCAAUGUUUAACCUAAUGAUUAGACCGGGAUUGUCGUUUGAAUCAGCGCGAAAUUCAACUCCUAACAGUUUGAUUCAUCAAUGGAAUAUAUCAGAAGACAGCUGGGUCAUAUAAGAAAACAAACCUGACCUUGCUGUAAGUUUGACACAUUGAGAAAUUGGAAUCUAUGAUUCAUGGAAGUUUGACUGUAUAUCUUAAUAUAUAUUAUAAAAAGAAAAAUUCUCAACAACUAGUCUUUAGUACUUUCUUCUCUUCCUUAUUUAAAUGAUUAAAAAGUGUAAUUAGUCAGAUUUUUGCAAAUACGUUAAAAAUCCCCAGCCAUAUUGGCUUUUCGGACACUGUAUUCAGUACCUAUAUGUAUAUAUUCACUAUAAGCAGAAUGUCUAAACGAUUUUGUACAAAAUGUAUAACAACAAAAAUAUUACAUCUUUAACAAUAUUAAUUUGUCGCAAUUAUGGAUAUUUUAAAUACCCAAAUUAUAAUAAAAGAUAUAAGCUUACUAUUUGCAAAAUUCAACCCAAAUUUUAUACCUUCAUUGAUCAUAUAGCUAUUAAAAAUAUGAUUAAACCGAUUUUUUCACAUUGUGCAAUUAUUUUGUUUUUGCCAAAUAUUUUUGUAUUUUAUAUUUAACUUGUAUUUAGAAAUGGACAAGGACAAAAUUCAUUUUUCUAUUUAGAUGUGUUGCAUUGUUUUACGGAUAUGUUAAUUAAUCGUUUAUGAAUUUAUGAUCACGUCAUUUCAUUCAAAAGGUAACACUUUUUAAUGAAUACAAUAUAUAAACAUGUGCUAAAAAAGCAGGACGUAUUUCAUCAUUCCAACCACUAUUUUCUGUGUUGAUAGGAAAAAAAUGUUGCAAUUCAAUUUUGAGAAUACAAUGUUUGUAUUGCCUUGAAUAUUGACUGAAAUAUAUAAUAUAUCAUUUUUAUACAGAUGUACAAAAUAUCUGUGAUAUUACACAUGUAUCAUUAAUUGAUCAGAAUUAUCAUUCCAUACGAACAAUGUGUUUCUUUUUGGUUGGUGUAAAUUUCAAAAUUAAGUGUAAAAUGAUCCGGCCUCAGUCAUAGCUUGACAAUGGGAUCAGUUGGUCUUGAUAUGUCACAUGUUUGAUACGUACAUUGUAUGCACAUUGUGUUUAAAGGAGUAUCCAUAUCUUCAAACUGACCAAUCUUAUUGAAAGUCCCAGGGUCAGGGAUAUGCAUGGUUAUGCAGGACUUCCAAUACUUAAGUUAUAUAUACCAUCUUACAUGAAGAAAACAAAAAUAUUUAUUUUUGAGGGGCACCUCUUUCGCCUUAAGACUUUUGAUCAUCAUGCAAUUUACAAGUUAGAUAUGUUACUACAACCAAUAUUAUGGUUGUAUCUGAAAUGACAAGGAACUCAUUUUAAAAUGUAUUCAAGACAUUUGCAGAUUUUCGUAUUUAGAGGCUUCAAAUCUUACAAUGUCCAUUUUGAUGUUUGACCAGGGUAAUGUACAUGUAAUCUGUUGCUUUAAUUGAGAUGCUUUGUGUUCACUCUCCUCCCUAUACAUAGGCAGAUGUUUUUUUCUGGUUUUACUUGAAUUGUGAUACAGGCUGUAUGUAGUGUUUUACUUCCCACUUUAGUCAAAUCUAAAUAAAAAGACAAUCAUUGAAUCAA